GAAUUAGUUUUUUUUUUAUUGUGUGCAGUAUUGAAUUCUGUGUGCUCUUUGUGAUCGUAUUUUUUGUGUGGAAAAGUUUUUCGUCAAACAUUUUGGACACGGACAAAUGAAAAUCAUUCAAACUGUAGCGAAAUAUCGAAUAAAAUGAGCGAGCUGUUUAAAAAUCUCGAAUCAAAUAAUCCAACGCUGGUGGAAGAGUCAAAAAAUGAGCUCAUCAAAUCGCUUGGCCAAAUAAAAGAGAAUUGGCUGGUCUACGGUAUGAUGGAAUAUUUUGCCACGCAAAAUUCAAGUAAAAUUGUUGAAAUUUUAGUCAAAGUACCACUAUCACAUGACACAUACAUCUUUGACAAACUAUCCGAAUGGAUAAAUACCAGCGAAAAGCGAAUUCAGGCAUUCAAGUUAUUUUCAUCAAUUGUACAAAAGCAUCCAUCGUGGCUAUACAGAGUGGUCCAUCACCGGCUAUUUCGUGAAAUGUUAAACAUUAUUAAAUCCGAACGAAAUAUAAACACAACGCUGCACGGUAUAUUCUGUAUUGUAAUAUUGUUGCCGUUGAUUCCAGCCUUGAUGAACGAUUACCUGCAAGAUUUGUUUACAAUAUUUUUGCUAUUGGCCAGAUGGAAGGCAAAUAAUAAUCCCGAAUUGAUUGGAAAUCAACCGGUUUAUCUACAAAAUGGCAUUGAGAGGCUAUUUCAACGGCUGUACGGCAUGUAUCCGUGUAAUUUUUGGGCAUAUUUACGUGAUCACAUGAAUGAAAAUACGAUGAAAGUGAUUGAACCAUUAAUUAAAAAUACACGAGUUCAUCCGAUGCUAUUGUUUUCAAAUGUUGAACUGGAGAAAAAUCAAGCGCGAUGGAAAGAGAUGGAACCACACGAUAUUGUACAGGAAUGCGAGAAAUUCGCUUUGGAUAUUUCGGUAAGAGGUCAAGAAUGCGAUCAAGAGCACAACGAAACACCAUGGUAUGGCCGAGUGGCGGUGCCCAAUCAAAUUCUAGCCAACGACCGAUUUAAACACACAUUUGCACCGAUUCAAUCAAUGACUGACACAAAAAAGGUACGCAAUUUGAAUAAAUGGGAUAAUAUUUGGUCGCCAAGCAGUGCAGUUUUGGCAACACCACCACCAACAAAUACAAUGGCCAUUACACAUACACCAACACCGAAUAUGUCGCAAAAUUAUAACAUUCAAUCGAUACCGGGCAGCGUGCAGUAUACGAGCAGUGGCGCAUCACCGCCAGAAGCGGCGGUUGAAGCCACACCGGAGACAACACCAUUAAGAGAUUUUACAAAGCCACAUCGACCAUUUCCAGUCAAUUCAAAUGCAGCACGUACGAUAUGGGGUAAUUCAUCGCAACCAUCAUCACCGUUAAAACGAGACGAUCAUUUUCGAUUUGAUUGCGUUACGACGACAACAAGCGAAAAAUUUCUGAAAAUGAUGAUUGAUCGAAAUGAAGAAAAGCAUCGGUCAACCGUACAAACAUACAAUGAUAUUGAAAUUCAGAAUCCGUUGAGCGACCAUAACGAUGUCGAUUCAAGCAAAGAAGACGAAGAAGUGACCGAAAUAAAUAAACUUAAAAUGAGUAAAAUGACUGAAAGCCAACCAAAUGCCGAUAAAGAUAUUCGUGAUCGAUCAAAUUUAAUGAAAUGCCAUGAAACGAAAAGUAUGGAAGAGAAUUUUGGUCAAGGGAACGAUGAAUUUACAUUGAAUUUUUAUGAUUUUGAUCAAAAGUCAAAGAAAUUGUCGAAGAAUACGGCGAAUGAACGGGAGACAAAGACUGCUGUUGGCGACCAACAAGUAGAAAAUAGUGGCAGUGGUGAUCGAACCACACAAGAAACACAAACCGAUAUUACGAUGCCGAUAGCAUCAGGCGGUCUAUUGGAUCAAUAUGUGGAAACAACAAUAAAACGUCAUGCGACCCAUGAGCCAAACACUCGUGCCGACAUGGAAUUGCAAUUGCUCUAUUUGCAAUUGCAAUACGAACGAUAUCGACGUGAAGUCUAUGCGGGACGAAAUCGGCGAUUAUUAGGCCGUAGUCGUGACAAUGCAAUACUUAAAACGGAAGUCGAAAAGUUACGGUCUCAAUUGGAAAAUUUAUCGCGUGAGCACAGUGCAUUGAUAAAAAAUAUGAACGAAGCAAAAUUGAUACAAAAUUCAACCGAACACAAAUUGUCCACCGAAUGUAUUGCAUUGCGCGAAGAAUUACAAGUGAAUUUCGAGCAAAAAAUGAAAUUACAGCAAAAUAUUAAAUCGUGGGAUCGUCAAUUGGCCGAAGAAAUUGAAGAGAAAAAUAAAUAUGCGGGUAUGGUUGAAACGGCACGGGCUGAAAUAUUUGAUUUAAAGAAUUUACUGCGAGAAUGUCAAUACCAAGCCGAUGUUGGUGCCAAAUACAAAGAGGAACUACAACGAUUACAGUCGCGUGAAGUGCUUAUGGGCGAAAUGAAAUUAAAAUGUGGUGAAAAAUUAAUUGAAUUGGAAAAUUUGCGUGGACGCGAAAAUGAAAUCAAUAACAUCAAAAGUGCAUGCAUGGAUGAAGUUAAAGAGUUGAAAUCGGAACUGGCGAUUAAAUCAUCGCAAUUGGACGCAACGAAAGAGCGUGUACAAAGCUGUGAAUCACAAUUGUCGCAACAGAAAAGUGUGAUUUCCGAACUAAAACGUUCCGUUAAAACAACGAAAGAGGAAUAUGAGGAGAAAUUGAAAGCAGUCGAAGCAAAAUAUGCCGCACAAAAGGCUAUCAUUUUUCGAAUGGAAGAAUCACUGCUGGAUCCCAGCAAACUUCGAUCGAAUGUUACCUCCGAACCAGAUAAGACAGACACCGUCGGUUCAUUAGAUCAUGCAUCACCUCUGUCUAUGUCAUUGGCAUCGAGCGAAGGCAUGUCAUGGAGCUUGCGAUCUGUGAAUGAAAUAAAAAAUCUAUCACAUCUUCUUGACAACAAUUCGUCAGCAGUAUUUUCACCAUCCAGCCUUAAUGGAGGAGAAAUGUCUUCCAGUAGUCGUGCACAAGUGUCAGAUGAUAUUCCCGUACCGAGUUCAAGUCACUCACAAUUCUUUCCAUCAUAAUUAUUCCUUCUGUUCACAGCGAAACAAAUAAUCCGGUCUCUCUGUAGAAGAAGGAAGAAAGAUAGAGAGAGAGAGAAGGAGAGAGAGAGAGAGAAGGAGAGAGAGAGAGAAGAGUACAAUGUUCACUGUUUCAUUCUGCUGCUGCUACACCUACAAAAAGGGAAUCUCGCCCAUAAAGUAGAUAGAUUGCGAAAUAAAUCCCAUAUUAAAUUAUAAUUGCAUAAAAAUAUUCUGUUAAAAAAAUAAAUGGCUUGAAGCAUGCUUCGGAUUAAUAGAGAAAAACAAUAUAGUUAAUAUACAUUUAAUCUAAGAAGAUAUGCACACAAUUUUUAAUACAAAUGAAAUUCAAAUCGGCUGUAUAAAAUAAAAAUGCCGUUUAUAUUUUGGAAGCAA